ACACUUGAGAGCUAUCGGGGUAUAGAUCUUAUCUAAACAUGAUAUUUCGUUUCGGUAUAAAAAGUGUUUUAUAAUACCCGAAAUCUUUCGUCUGACUUUUAACUUCGUAAAAGAACAAUGGGUUUUAUGUGGGUGACAUCUUUAUUUCUUUUGUUCGCUACGGUCUACGGCAGCGACUUGCAGCGCCAGGAUGCGAAGUUGGAACUGGAGGAAUACAUCAAAGAAGCGAGCCAGAAGAUCAACCAGCAGUACAGACUACAGUACCAUGUCGCAGCACCAGUAGGCUGGAUCAAUGACCCCAAUGGCUUCAGCUACUACAAGGGGGAAUACCAUCUCUUUUACCAGUACUAUCCAUACGACAGCGUGUGGGGACCCAUGCACUGGGGACAUGUGGUCAGCAAAGACCUCGUCACGUGGGAACAUCGCCCGACCGCACUGCUGCCUGAUGAAGAAUACUGCUUUUCAGGAAGUGCUGUGGUAGAUGGUGAUAAAAUGAUUUUGAUGUACACCGCCCACAUCGAGAAAGAAGGGUCACCCACUAAUCAGAGUCAGUACCUCGCCUUCAGUGAUGAUGGUGUUAACUUCGAAAAGUUUGUCGGCAAUCCAGUUAUUCCUGCAUCUCCAAACCAUUCACCAGAUUUCCGGGACCCUAAAGCGUGGAAACACGGGGACUACUGGUAUGUGAUUAUUGGAAGCAAAACAGACGAUGAGAUUGGAACAGUUUUGCUGUACAGGUCCAAGAACAUGAUCGACUGGGAGUUUCUGACUAUUCUCGCUGAGGCUACUAGCGACCUUGGUUACAUGUGGGAGUGUCCAGAUUUCUUCGAGUUAGGUGGAAAACAUAUACUUCUCAUGUCACCUCAAGGGAUAGAACCGCAAGGCGAUCGAUUCAAGAAUUUGUAUCAGACAGGAUACAUAGUGGGUCAGUUCGAUUAUGAAACAUUUAAUUUUACUCCAGAAACUGAAUUCCAAGAGUUAGAUUAUGGACAUGACUUUUAUGCUGCCCAAACUACUGAAUCCAAUGACGGCAAGAGAAUAUUAAUAGGGUGGUUCGGUAUGUGGGAGACCGCGUUCCCCGAGGCUAAAGACGGCUGGGCAGGAGCUAUGACCAUCGCUAGAGAGCUGGAGCUCGACAGUAACAACCGCAUUCUUAUGAAACCUCUCACACAGCAAAACAGCCUUAGAGGAGAGAAAACUUUUGACGGUGAUUUGAAAGAAAAUCAAGUGUUGGAGCUGGAAUCAGCAUCUGAGGUGCUGAUUGAUAUCGAUUUGAGUAAAGAGAUACAUUUAUUGUUGGAAGGCCGCAGCGGAGGAGGGAAGGCUUGGUUGAAAUGGGACCCGGCGGUUGGUAAAGUGGUGGUGGAGAGGGAAGGCGACGACGUACGCCAGGUAGAGUGGGCACCGGUAUCUAACAAGGCGUGGCGGCUAUUUCUGGACACCAGCUCCCUGGAGCUGUUCUGUGGAGACGGCGAGGCGGUGUUCAGCUCCCGGGUGUACCCGCUCGGCGGGUGGAACCUGACUAACUUGGGCUCUGAAGCACUGCAAACCACCGCAUAUGCAUUGAACCGUGGUGUCCCAGUGUAAAUAUGUGAUACAUAUUUUGAGAUAGUUUGAUACACAACUACGUAAUACA